UUAUAGGGGCUGUAAGCUCGCAAACGAGAGCGCGCGAGAUUUAAAUACUUCCGGUGACAAACAAACAUGGUGAUCUGCUUUGCGUUCGCAUGCAAUCAUAGAAGUGGCGCAAAUAGUUGCAAGUUCUAUCGUUUUCCGACUGACACAAAGAAAAGGACGUUAUGGGGAAAGAUAUGCAGAAGAGCUGAUCGACAACCAGAAAAUCAAAAUGACAGGAUUUGUUCCUGCCAUUUCAAAGAGGGGAAAAAGGAAGGAGAUCCUGUCUACUUUGCAUGGAACGACAAAAAGUACAUGGAUUUUCCUGAUCCAGAAAAAUCAGAUAGGAAAAGGAGGAAGACGUGCCAGUCCCAGUCCUGUGAAGCUAAAACUAUAACCCAGCGUCCAUCCUGUGAGAAAGAGCAGAUACAAGAUGCUGUUGAUUGUGAAGAUGUAGAACAUGUUGAUGUAGAUCACAGCUACCCAGUAUCUUGCUCAAGAAACUGUUCAAUAGAAAUGCAACAACUCUCUUCAGAGAUUAAAAAGUUGGAAGAAGAGUUAGUUGCUCUAAAGAUCAACAGCAAUAAAAGAAAACCCAUGACUGUAGCAGAAAUUAGGGACAGCGAAGAAAAGAUGCUGCUUUACACAUCAAUACAAUAUGAUGUCUUUGAAGUGCUUGUGGGACUGCUUGGUCGCUUUGAAUUAAAUUACUUUAAUGGUUGGUCACCAUCACUAAAUAUUGAAAAUCAGCUUCUGAUUGUUUUAAUGAAGCUGAAGCUCAACCUAAGAGACAUAGACUUGGCUCACAGGUUUUGUGUAAGCAGAUCUACAAUUUCCAACAUUUUUAACACAUUGGUUCAUGCCCUCCAUGAAAUGUUGUAUGUGGGUGUUGUUGACACAUGUUUCCCCAGUCAGCUUAAAUGCAAAGGCUCUAUGCCAAAGUCAUUUGCAGAGUUUUCCUCUGCAAGGGCUUCCAUGGAUGCCAUUGAGACAACCCAGGAUAUUCCUGGACACCUGGAUACACAGGCCAUGGCAUACAGUUCAUAUAAGAGCCGUCACACUGUUAAAGCAGUGACUUGUGUCGCCCCAAAUGGUGCCAUCACUUACUGUUCUCCUUUAUAUCCAGGAUCAACAUCAGAUGUUGCGAUUGUGCGUCACAGCAAAGUUCUUGAGAAAUUCAAACCUGGAGACCUAAUUUUAGCCGACAAGGGAUUCACAAUCCAUGAUCAAAUACCCCAAGGUGUGUGCUUGAACAUUCCAGCAUUUUUAUCCUCAAGAGGGCAGUUUACCAAGAAAGAAGCAGAACUGUGUUACAAAAUAGCCAGAGCAAGAAUUCACGUGGAACGGGCUAAUGAGAGGAUAAAGAACUUUGAAAUACUUCGCCACAUACCAGCAACCUACAGGCCAUUAUCAACCAAGAUAUUUCAACUUUGUUCCUCCUUGGUCAACUUGCAAGCACCUCUUUUGAAAGAAAUUUCAUAGAGCAUUUACAAUUAUGAAUCCAUCUGAUUUUUUAUUUUUUCUGAAACAAAUUAUUCAUGCAACAUUGUUCACUUGUAAAGUAGAAUGGGAUGCAUGUUAACAUUUUUAUGCUAUUAUGAGACUUUAUUAGCAUUGCUGUUGAUCUAUGUUUUGUAUAUGAAAUCAAAUGAUAAAUAAGUGGACUGCA